AUGUCACCGGACGGCAAGCCGGAUAUGACCAUGCCGGCAUUCAACGUCCUUUUCGUUGGUGCCGGUGGGAUUGUCUUUGGCAACGACUGGGUGCGCUGGAAUCACAGCACCCACCUGGAGCGCAUCCUGGGUGAUCGUUUACGCGUCGUGGGCAUUGUUGACCCUAACUCUGAUCGCUUCGAGUGGGUGAUGAACCGUAAGCGGAUUUCAUCCGCCAAAGGUUGCUAUGCAGAUACACGCCAUUAUACUAGCAUCGAGCAGGCAGCAUAUCAAAUAAAUGCCUUUGAUGAGGACACAAAGGAAGGCCCCGUUCAUCUCAUCAUGCUGGCAACGCCGCCAGAAUUCCGCGGGUCCAUGUCGCCGGGGCGCAACCUUGAGGCUCAGCUCGUUGCCGCAUUUGGCGGUGGACCGGCUAUCUUUGCCGAGAAACCUGUAACUAUCGGGUCCGCAGACGGUGCAUAUGCCGUAGCCCAACAUCUGAGCAGAUCUGGCAAUCUUGUGGGCGUGGGCUAUAUGCUACGAUACCUUAAGGUAGUCCAGAAGGUCGUCCAGCUCAUCCGUGACAACAACCUCACUGUCAUGAGUGUAUCUGCGCGUUAUGUGACAGCGUACUCGAAGAUGCGCAAAGCGGACUGGUGGGACAAGUCAAAACAGGGCGGGCCAAUUGUUGAGCAGGCCACGCACUUUUGUGAUUUGUGUCGCUACCUUGGUGGUGAGGUUAUUUUGGAUUCUGUUCAGGCGACAGCAUUGGAGCACAAUGAGCCCGCCGGCAAGUUGAGCCACUUCACGGACGCUAUUGAUGAGAGUAAGAUCUCUGUCGAGAAUAGAAUCCCCAGGGCCACGACUGCCAUUUGGAAGUAUAAAACUGGAGCCAUUGGGACUCUGAGCCAUAUUGUGGCUUUACACGGGGUUGUGUACUCCAACGAAAUUGUUGUGAUAGCCGACGGGUAUCAGAUGCGACUCGUUGACUUGUACGGCGUUCCGAAGCUUUUCGUGAGGUAUCCGUACGACGAACAAGAAGUCGAGCAUUAUUAUCCUGAAGAUGACCCCUUCUACAAUGAGCUUGCCGCAAUUUGCAAUUCCCAGGAUCGGAAGGCAAAUAGCCAAUCAAAGUCUACCCUAGAAGGAAUCAAGGAAGAUGCACUUCUUCCAAACCGAAUCUUAUCUUCCUUUGAAGAUGCGACGAAGACCUACGAGUUUACUUGGGCAAUCAGACUGGAAAGCGAAAAUAAAUAA